AUGGUAAACUCUAAUUCAUCCAACUUGGAAGUGCACCCCGGAUUUGAUGCAAUAUUAAAGAGAAAAGCUUUCUUGGGAUUUUGGCCUCUUCUGGUCUCCACGACUCUGUUUCUCGUAGCUAUCGUCGUCUCUGGUCAAAUAUCUUCGCCGACAAUCGAAGUUUCCAGUGAAAAAGUCGGUGAAAGGAUCUUGGAUUAUGUUGCUGGCCAACUAAAUGAUUUCAGAGCCGGAGGAGGUGGACUGGUUGAUAUUGGUGGUGGUGAAGUUGAAGCUAAUGCUUUGGAGGUUGUCGGAGAGAUCGUCUAA